AUGGAGGACCGCCAUCAGCGUUCCUUGCUCUCGAGCAUCGACUCGCUCGCGAACCAAGGACCCGAAUUUUUCAUUUUAGGCCUCAACAUGAUGGCAGAUUUCGUCGAGCAGAUGGACAUUCCCUAUCUGAUGGACAGCACCGAACACCGCAAGACCGUCACCCAAUUCAUCUCCGAGAGCCUCCUCACGAUCUUCGAGACCGCUCUGGAAGUCGUCGACGACAUCAGUUCCGGCUCCGGCUCUGAGAAAUUCAACGACUUCACCUACCGCAACGCGCUGCUCCAAGCCGACAUGAAAGUGCUCUCCCAGUGUCUCCAGUUCGAUUUCAUCGGCUGCAAAAGCGACGAGAGCGCCGACGAGACCUGGGUGCUGCAAAUCCCCGCGCUCUGGGAGGGAUUCGUCUGCAACAGCGAGCGUCUCGCGCGGUUAUUCGCCAUGUACCCUCCCUCCUCAGCCUCCAUCCAAGCUACCAAUCGGUGCAGCCGCCGCUAA